AUGUACUGGGAGGGAACUGAGAGCACUGAGAGGGCACUGGGAUUGCUCCAGGAACUGGCGGCGGUGCAGCGACGGCAGACGCGGCUCCGGGGGUGGAUCCAGCAGCACUUCCAGGAGCUCCAGGAGGUCACAGGGCUGCUGUGCCGGAGCCUGGAGGGCUCCCGGCGCUGCUCGGCGGGGUGGCAGCUUUUCGGGAAGAGCUGCUACUCCUUUUCCUGGGAAUCCUGGAGCUGGGAGGAGGCUCGGGAAGCCUGUGCCGACCUGGGCUCCCACCUGGUCGUCGUCAACUCCGAGGAAGAGCAGGAAUUCCUGCUGGAAAACACGAACCGGAGCAGCUCCUACUGGCUGGGAAUGACGGACCGGGAGGAGAAAGGGAAGUGGGUUUGGAUCAACGGGGAAAAUCCCCCCUUCAGGUAGGAAUUCCG